GUGCAGUGCGCCCCCUUCCUACCAUCUUCCAAAAUCCUUGACCUGCCUGUGCGCUCUACGCACUUUGCGUAUCCUACUCUCUCUUUCUAACCCCUGAACCCAGCUGUUAAAUCUCCGUUGACUACGAAUAAAACCACCCACCUAUCGAUACACCCGUGGAUAAAUUUUAUAUAAAUCGGGAUUUUUUCUCCGCUGAGAUUUUAGGGCGUGGGUAUCAGGUAAUUUCUCAAAAGGGUCCUUGAAUCUGCCUUUGGUGGUAUUGAAAGCCUACAAAUUGGGAAGUUUAGGUUUUCAAAAUUAGGGUUACAAAGCUCAGAUUUGCUGUAUUUUCUAAGUUUUGUUGGUGGUGUUAAAAAGUUUGGCACAUAUGGACCGUAGGGUUUUAGCUCACUCAGGAUUCCUGAUCUGGAGAUUGAAUGGAAUGCAUGACUGAGAUUAGCAGUUUCUCCUAUUCAUUCAGAUUUGGGCGUUGAAGGUUUUUUCUUUGAUUUUCUUAAUUUGAUGCGUUACCGUUUUAGUUGCAUUUCUAUGAAUAAUGGGCAGUUGUAACAGUAGUUUGUGAAAAUUGUGCAAAAAUCAUAUUUUUGGAAAAUUUGUUUGAUGUUCUGUAUACUGGCCGUGUGAAGUUAGUUAUUUUUGAAGUUUAAAAUUAUGAAGAGAUUGAAGUCAAGUGAUGAUCUUGACUCAUAUGGGGAGAAAGGUGUUAUUAAAGAUUGGGGAAGAAGGGAGGAGGAUCCUGGUUUGCACCGGUCAUCUUCUCACAGGAGCUCUUACUACAAAUCUUCUGAGAGUGGGAGAAAGGGGCUGUCGUCAUCAUCAUCUAGGUAUGAUCGGUUAGAAGAUGAUCGGGACAGUUCAAGAUCGGUCAGAAAAUGUUCAGAUUAUGACAUGGAUUGUUAUGAUAGAAGGAAGAGCUAUGAUCGGCAUAGAGAGGGGAAUGAGAGAGGGAUUCUAAGUUCUUCGCCUCGGGUUGGGUAUGGCAAGGAUCGGAUUCAUCGAUCCGAAAGCUUUUCAGGGCCUAGGAGGGAGUUUCCAAAAGGGUUUAGGUCAGAGAGUAAAAGGUUAAGGAGGGAGGGGAGUGUUUCAUCAUGGCGAAGAUUUAGUGGAGGGAAAGAUGGAGAUGAUGGAAACAGAAGUAGUGGUAGUGAGUUAGCUAGAGGAAAUAGAGUGGAGUUAGAGGAUGUUGGUAAGGUGAAAUCCCCCCAGGGACCAAGAGAUGCAAAGUCUCCUGCUUGGUCAAAGGAUUCUGUCAGCGAUCAGUCCAAGAGUUUUGAAGUCAAAAGAAGUGAAGAUUUGCCUGUGGAUAGUGGCGCCCCUAGCAGUGAGAGGGAAGAGGGGGAGCUGGAACCCGACCCUCAACCUGCGCUUUCUCCUAAGCAAGCUGCUGGUAAAUUGAACUCCUCUCGGAUGGAGCUCCAUCAUGAACUUCACAUUCAGGAAAAAGAUUUGCAGCAAAAAGAAAAUUCCUCACCUUUAGAAACGGGAGAUAUGAGUAAAGUGGGUAGUCAUGAGGAGCCAGCAGAAGUUGGAACAUUGGAAGAUGUUCAAGACAUAACAAACAAUGUUAAUGAGUUGCCGGACGGGAAGGACAGUUCACUCCUUGGGAUAAGUGGAAGUGGAGAUGAAAAUGAGGCCUCGGGAGAUAAUGGUGGAGGUAAUGAUGAAGAAGAGGCUAGAAGAGGAAUCUAUGAUAUGGAGGAUGCAGACACUACAUUUUCUGAAGAGCCAACAACUGUACAAAAGGAACAAGGGGAAGACAAAGGUACCGAUCUUGAUGUUCAGGCAGCUAAUACUGAUGUGCCAAAAGUAAACAAGGGAUUUGCUGAAGAAACUGCAGUGCCCUUGAUAGAGGAGAUAGCCCAAAAUUUGAAGGAUAAAGGCAAAAGCAUUGCUGUCUCGCCCUCAAAUGGUACUCAUAUAUUGGAAACUGGUUUGGAGGUUGAAAACAAAACAAGGGGCCUCACAACAUUUGAAGACGCUGGUUUUGAAGGACCGAUUACUAGAGGAUUUGAAUUCUUCUCCAAUGAUCCAGUUAAGAAGCAUGAGAAAGUCGAGCUAUCACCUCAGAACACGCAUAAAGAUGAAAAACUUGCUCUUGACCUUUCUCUUAGCUUGCCAAAUGUUUUAUUACCUAUUGGUGCCCAAAAUAGAGGCCAGGAUCCUGGUUCUCCUAGUCAUGCAAGGAGUGCUCAGUCCUUUCCUAGCACAUUUCACACAAAUUCUGAUGGAUUUACUGCAUCUAUGUCUUUUUCGGGUUCUCAGCAGUUCACUCACAACCCUAGCUGUUCCCUGACCUAUGAUGCAUAUGAUUAUGAGAAAUCUGUUGGUAGUCGGCCAAUAUUUCAGGGAGUAGAUUGGAAAGCUCUGUCUUCAGAUGACCAGAAGAACAAAGAAGUUCCAAUCUAUCAAGGCACUUCUAUAGGAAAUAGCUUGCACCAUCAAUCUCAAGCUUCUCAAGGAAAUUCAAGUGGACAACCUGUGUUACAACAUCUAAGAACUGUAGAGGGAAGCUCAAAAUUACCCAUUAGCCUAGAUAGGCAAUUAAGUGUUAAUAAACAUAUACGUGGAGCACAAUCUCAGCAAAUAAAUGAUAUUAGAUCUCCUUCACAGAGUAUUGGAUCUCAUGAAAAUAGACCUGGAUAUAGCAAAGACAGGAGACCUGUGAUGAAAGAUAGAGAUAAUGCUAGUUCUCAUAGGAUCAGUAAUCCAGAGGGAAAAGAGCAAGCACUGGUGGUUGGACCUGACUUUGCUGAGUCAAUUGUUACUAUGAUAGUCGCUGAACCUCUUCAUACGAUGGCCAUUAGGUUUAAUGAAAUGACUGAACAACACGUGACAUGUGUGAAGGAUUAUGUUCGUGAAAUCAUUUUAAGUCCAGGUAAGCAGUGGCAGCUGAGUGCUUUGCAGAAAGCACUGAGAAACAGACAAGAUAGCACCCUGGACAUGCUAGUGAAGUCGCAUGUUAGUCAAUUGGAAAUCUUGGUGGCUCUGAAAACCGGUCUCCAGGAAUUUCUUCAUCCAAAUUGCAAUGUACCAUCUUCUGAUUUGGCCGAGAUAUUUCUAAAUUUAAGGUGUAGGAAUCUUACAUGCCGGAGUCUUUUGCCUGUGGAUGAAUGUGAUUGCAAAAUUUGCGCGCAGAAGAAUGGUUUUUGCAGGGAGUGCAUGUGUCUUGUGUGUUCGAAGUUUGACAUGGCAUCAAACACAUGCAGUUGGGUUGGAUGCGAUGUAUGUCUACAUUGGUGUCAUGCCGAUUGUGGAUUACGGGAAUCCUAUAUCAGAAAUGGGCGUUGCGCAUCGGGUGCUCAAGGCACUACAGAAAUGCAAUUUCACUGUGUUGCCUGUGAUCAUCCUUCUGAGAUGUUUGGCUUUGUGAAGGAAGUUUUCCAGAACUAUGUCAAAGAAUGGACAGCAGAAACACUUACCAGAGAACUUGAAUAUGUGAGAAGAAUAUUCUCUGCCAGUGAGGAUAUUAGAGGGAAACAACUGCAUGAGAUUGCCAGUCAGAUGCUGUCUAAAUUGGCAAAUAGAGCCUACCUUCAAGAGGUGCGGAAUCAUAUUCUGAGUUUCCUCAAUGAAUCCGAUUUUUUGAAGCUGGGCUUUGUUCCUACCGAAUCCAAGAAAGAUUUACCAACAACAAAUAAAGAAGGCAGUAAUGGUAUUGCUGGGUCCAGCCAAGGACCCAUGUGGCUAAAGUCCGUUUCUUCAGACAAGGCGCCCCGUUUGGAAAAAUCUGUUGGUUUACUUUCCAGCUUUGAUGACAAGAGGGAUGAUAAAUACAAAAUGAACAUGGAUUUACGAAUUGGGAAAGAACCCGUUUAUGACGAAUUGGAGAGCAUCGUGAGAAUUAAGCAAGCAGAAGCCAAGAUGUUUCAAGCACGUGCUGAUGAUGCAAGAAGAGAAGCUGAAGCUUUAAACCGCAUUGCAAUCACAAAAAAUGAAAGGAUUGAAGAAGAAUAUACAACCCGAAUUGCAAAAUUGCGAUUGGCUGAGGCAGACGAGAUGCAUAAACAGAAAGUGGAAGAGCUCCAGGGUCUUGAAAGAGCAUAUCAGGAAUACUUCAAUAUGAAAAUGAGGAUGGAAGCAGAUAUCAAAGACCUUUUGCUGAAAAUGGAAGCUACACGAAGGAACCUCACAAUGUGAUGUAAUGCAUAAUGGAGUAUUUUCUUAGUUAAAUUCUCUGGGCUUUUUGGCCCUUGCUGUAAUUGUAGUCCUCCGCUUAUUAUCUUAUUGUUAGUUGAUUUGUAGGUGACUUCCAGUUUCACUAUCCAAGUGCUAACCAGAUUAUGUGCAAAAGUUGCCAAUCUCUUAAGUUUUUCAAAGAACUCGUAAAUAUGGGCAGGGUUCGGAUGAAGAAAUUAGAGACCCGAGUUUUCAUCGGCGGACUAUUGUGGUUG